AUGCAAGGUGGAGAUUUUUACUUUCCUCAGCGUCUUACUGCACAAACAAACAUCAGACUUCCACUUAACUCAUCUCUGUCUAUCCAAACUUUCAAGAUGGUCGUUGUACUUGUUACUGGAGGAAACACUGGCAUCGGCGAGCAAGUCGCCCAUCAGCUAGCAAGACAGCCGGACCACCACAUCAUUAUUGCUUCUCGCAACGCUGACGCGGGUGCCAAAGUCGCUGCAGACAUCACCGCGACGGGCCACUCCGCCUCAUCAGUCCAGUUGGAUCUCGCCUCAGACGAGUCCAUCAAUGCGGCUGUAGAGUACAUUAAGGAUGUUCACGGGAAACUGGACGUCCUCGUCAACAACGCUGGUGUCGCUGUCGACUUCAAUCCAGGCCUCUCCAGGCGCGAGAUCUUCAACCAGGAUUAUAACGUCAACGUUGCCGGUACCGCGGUGCUCACCGACGCUCUUCUACCCCUGCUGCGCAAGACCGUCUCGCCGCGCGUAGUCUUCGUAUCGUCCAGUCUCGCUUCCAUGACUCUGUCGACCGACAAGACGUGGCCCUAUUACAAUAACGGAGGCGAGGCCUACAGCUGCAGCAAGGCCGCAUUGAACAGGCUUGCUAACCAUUACGCCAAAACUCUGGCUGAAGUUGGUGCAUUGGUGAACGCAGUCUGCCCAGGACUAGUGAAGACCAAGUUAAACAACUAUAGGGAAGGCGGAACGACGCCAGAGGAAGGAGCUAGCAGGAUUGUGGAAUUGGCUCUUCUCCGCCCCGGAGGACCUACUGCAACAUUUUCCGGUCGGAAUGGCACCAUCCCUUGGUAG